AUGGCUGAUCGAGUGCUUGUGAUUGGCAGUGGGGGCAGAGAACAUGCUUUGGCUUGGAAAUUGGCACAGUCUCCACAUGUGAAACAGGUACUGGUUGCUCCAGGAAAUGCCGGUACAGCUAAUGAUGGCAAAAUCUCUAAUUCAGGGGUUUUAAUUAGCAACCAUACUAUCCUAGCCCAGUUCUGCAAAGAUCAUAACAUUGGGUUUGUGAUUGCUGGACCAGAAGCUCUCCUUGUGACAGGAAUCGUUGAUGACUUGGUAGCGGCUGGAGUUAGAUGUUUUGGCCCUACAGCCAGGGCAGCACAACUGGGAACAAGUCGAAGUUUCGCUAAGGUCUUUCUUGAUCAACAUGGAAUUCCAACAGCAAGAUGGAAUGAAUUUUUAAAUCCGCAAGACGCUUGCACUUUUAUUAAUAGUGCUGCUUUUCCUGAAUUGGUGGUAAAGCCUAGUGGCUUUGGUCCUGGAAAAGAGAUAAUUCUUGCGCCCAACAGAGAGGAAGCCUGCAAUGCAGUGCAAGAAAUUCUGCAGGGCAAUGUUUUUGGAGACACCCAAGAUACCGUAAUAAUUGAAGAACUUCUUAAAGGGGAAGAGUUUUCUUGCUUAUGCUUUGUGGAUGGAGUCACUUUUGCUCUCAUGCCACCAGUCCAGAUCCAAAAGCGACUAUCUGAUGAAGACUGGGGUCCAAGCACUGUUGGAAUGGGAGCUUAUGGUCCAGUACCUCAGAUUUCCGAAGUCCUUCUAGAAAAAGUUAAAGGUACACUUCUUCAACACAUUAUCAACAGCAUGAAGCAAGAAGGCAUAUCUUAUAUAGGUGUGCUGCAGAUAGAAUUGAUGCUUACCAAAGAUGGUGUGAAAGUCUUAAGUUUUGACUGCUGUUUUGGUGACCCGCAAUGCCAGGUAGUUGUUCAGCUUCUUAAAAAUGAUCUUUAUGAAGUGAUCCAAGCCACUGUUGAUGGCAGGCUCUGCAGUUCCAUGUUGGCUUGGUCAGAGAAUUGUACUGCUGUGUCGAUUGUCAUGGCAAGUGAAGGGCAUCCGGAUUGUUGUAAUCAGGGCAAGGAGAUCACUGGGCUCCUUCAGGCAAAAGAGCUAGGCCUGGAGAUCUUCCAUGGAGCUACCAUAGCAGUGGAUGACAAAGUGCUGGUUAAUGGCAGCAGAGUCCUGACAGUAACAGCCAUGAAGGAGGACCUUGCAUCAGCGCUUGAAGUUGCCUACAAAGGACUAGCAGCCAUUUAUUUCCAGGGUGCAACUUAUCGAAAAGAUGUUGGUUAUCAAGCGAUGAGGUUUCUCAGACAGUCUGCGAGUCCAUCAUAUGAAGACAGAAUUGCAGAUCCUAUUGUUUGCAAUGUCUUGGUUCGCCCAUCUAUCCUAACAGCUGCAAGUGGUUCCAAAUUAGGCAGCUGUGGGCAUCGGGGGAGUGUUUUUCCCUUCUUUGAUUUGAGAGCAUCUGGUUAUAACGAUCCCCUUCUAGUAUCCCAAACUAAAAGCAUUGGGACAAAAAUGAAGAUUGCCCAGCUGUGCAAUAUUUACGACAUGAUUGGUCAGGACUUGGUGGCCAUGUGUGUCAAUGAUGUCCUGGUUCAGGGAGCUGAGCCCCUCUUCUUCCUCGACCAUUUUGCCCAUGGAAAAUUGGAUGCUGGUGUGGCUCAGUCAAUAAGAGAUGGGAUAGAUGGAGCUUGCAAACUGGCAGGAUGUACUCUUCUGGGAAGAGAGACCAGUGAAAUGUCUGGCACCUUUGCACCUGGAGAGUGCAACCUGGUUGGCUUUGUUGUUGCUGCUGUGGAACAAGAAAUGGGAUUUCCACAGCAGGAGAAGAUUGUCAGUGGUGAUCUCCUCAUUGGAAUAGCUUCUUCUGGCCUUCACAACCAAGGAUUUAGUCUUGUGAGGAAGAUUCUUUUAACAUCAUCCCUACACUAUUUCUCUUCUGUUCCUGGCGGAUGUGGUCCCCAGACUUUAGGAGAGCAGUUGCUAACCCCAUCCAAAAUCUAUUGCAAAACUCUGCUGCCUGUACUCCGCUCAGGAAAUGUGAAAGCCUACAUCCAUAUUGCAGAAGGGGGGUUGCUGGGAAGCUUUUCUACAAUCCUUCCUGAACAAUUUGGUGUGGUUUUGGAUGCUCAUAGUUGGAGUAUUCCUUCAAUAUUUUCUUGGCUUCAAGAAGAGGGAAGCCUUUCAGAAGUGGAGAUGUCUCAAAUGUUUAACUGUGGGAUUGGUGCUGUGCUUGUGGUACAAAAGGAGUUUGCUGGACAGAUUUUGAAAGAUCUCCAGAAAUACGAGAAUGCAUGGUUGAUCGGGAAAGUCAUCCACCACCUUGCAGGGUGUUCUCAUGUAGUAAUCAAGAAUCUUAUUGAAGCAUUGCUGCAAAACAGAUACCCAUUUAUGAAGAAUCUUUCCAAUGUAGACAGCCAGGUCCAGACCACAUGCAGAAAAAGCAAAGUGAAAGUAGCUGUUCUUAUCUCAGAAAUGGAGCCAGCAAGCUGUGCCCAAAUAGUCCUUGUCAUCGCCAGCAGGUCUGGGGUGGAAGAACUGAAGAAUGCAACCCUGGCUGGCAUCCCCACUAGAGUAAUUGACCAUAAACUGUAUGGAAGCAGAUCAGAAUAUGAAGGCACAGUUGACAGAGUCCUUGAAGAAUUCUCUGUGGAACUUGUUUGUCUGGCAGGAUUUAUAAGAGUUUUGACUAGCAACUUCCUUAGGAAAUGGAGUGGGAAAAUUUUGAGCACUUAUCCAUCACUUUCACCAUUGACUAAAGGAGGAAAUGUCCACAAGCACAAUGCACUCUCAUCUGCAUACAAAAUUGCUGGCUGCACGGUCCAUUUUGUGCUUGAUACUAGUCUCGAAGCAGUAAUCUUACAAGAGCCCGUCUCUGUGAAGGCAGAAGACACGGAAGAGACCUUGUCAGAAAAGGUCAAAGAAGCAGAGAGCCGGGUAUUUCCUGUUGCCCUGCAGCUGGUUGCCAGUGGAAUGGUGCAACUAGGAAAGGAUGGCAAAACCUACUGGAAACGAGAGAGUCGGGAGCUGGUCCCUCAAAAAGAAAGGCAGGAUUGUUCCUCCUCUUAA